AAUCCCGUGACCGGUCAUAACGCAGAAUACACACACAUGUUGUUAAGUUGUUUGUCCUUCCGAGCUCCGCCGUGUUGACGAUUAUUUUAGUCGUGAUGGAGGUUUUGUACAGUCUAACAUUUCUACAUCUGCAAGUUUUUCUGUUUUGUUUGGCUGUAGUAAACGCAGACACACCAGCAGAUUGUAAGUUCGAUGAUAUAGUGGGAAAAUGGAAGUUUUCUGUGGGUAAAGGUGGAUUUGACAACACUUUAAAUUGCACAGAUCCAGCUGAAAAAGUGAAAGAUGUGUCUGUUGAGCUGCUUUUUCCAGACGUAGCAGUUGACCUCGACUACGGCCACAAGGGUCACUGGACGUUGAUCUAUAACCAAGGCUUUGAGGUCGCCUUAAACAACAAGAAAUAUUUUGCAUUCUCAAAGUAUAUAACGGACAAGGCUGGCAAGACGCAGAGCUUCUGCAAUGAAACCUUACCGGGCUGGGUACAUAAUAUUGAUGGCAAGGAUUGGGCUUGCUAUGUAGGCAAGAAAGAGGAAACUAUCGCAACUCCUGAGAAGAAAACAUUCUAUAGAAAUAACUUGGAGUUCGUUAAGAAGAUUAAUUCGGCCCAAUCAUCAUGGACUGCUGGGUUGUAUCCAGAACAUGAGAAGUACACGCUGGAACAAAUGAAAAACCGUGCUGGAGGCAGUACUUCGAAAGCUAGUCGUCCAUUGACUGCUCAAGUAUCUCAGGAAGUAGCGAAGUUGGCUGAAACACUACCUUCAGAGUUUGACUGGAGGAAUGUCGCUGGUCAAAACUUUGUCACACCUGUACGUAACCAGGCACAGUGCGGCAGCUGUUAUGCGUUUGCCUCGAUGGCUAUGUUGGAGGCCCGCUUGAAGAUCGAAACAAAUAACACCGUCAGUAAGGUUUUCUCGCCGCAAGAUGUGGUUGACUGCAGUGAGUACUCCCAGGGGUGUUCAGGAGGCUUUCCUUACUUGAUAGCGGGGAAGUAUGCCCAAGAUUUUGGAGUUGUUGAGGAGUCCUGUUCAUCGUACACUGGUAAAGACGGCAAAUGUGUCCCAAACAAAUGCCAGCGUUACUACUCAGCCGAUUACUCAUACGUGGGUGGCUUCUACGGUGCAUGUAACGAGGCAUUGAUGCGUAUCGCCCUCUUGAAAAACGGCCCACUAGCUGUAGGCUUCGAAGUGUUGGACGAUUUCUUCAACUACAAACAUGGGAUCUAUCAACACACAGGCCUACAAGAUAAAUUCAACCCAUUUGAGACCACUAAUCAUGCGGUCCUUGUGGUAGGCUACGGUACUGAUGCGACAACUGGCUUGAAUUACUGGUCUGUUAAGAAUAGUUGGGGGCCUACCUGGGGGGAGAAUGGCUACUUUCGAAUUGUACGAGGAGCCGAUGAAGUUGGAAUAGAAAGUAUGGCAGUAGAAAGCUUCCCUAUCAUUCCUUAAACUUUUAAUCAUGUAUUAAUACAAUUUUUUCGCUGUCUUUCAAAGCAAGAUAAUGUUGUCUAUGGAUUUAUAUAAUGUCCAUAACUCAUUUCUUACUAUUUACCAUAGUACUCAGAGAAAUAUAUAUAUAUAGUCAUAAUUUGCCUCUAAAGUUAUAUCUCCAGUAUAUAUGAAAAUGUAUAGGAGUGUGUAUAAUUCCAUUAGAUUGUAACAAAUUGUAAGGUAUAUAGAUUUUUUGCGACAGAACAGGACAUAUAAAACAGUUUUGUAAUAUCAGGAAUAAACAACUUAAAAACUUAAUGAUUAAGUAUGUUUUUUACAUUAUGAAAAUAUGCCAAAGACUUUAUCAUCAGUAAAUUUUUGUCAAAUCUGCUUUAGAAAAAAAAUAAAUGCAUUUUUUUGUGCUAAAGCUCA